AUGAAAUUUGCUGUGGAGGAAAUUAAUGCAAAUCCAGACCUUCUUCCUAACAUCACUUUAGGGAUCAAACUUUUUGACAAUUGUGGUGCCAUGAGACGGGCAGUGGAAGGGACUUUUUGGAUGUUAUCAGGGGGGAGCAAGAGCAUCCCCAAUUACCAAUGGCAAGAGAAAACACAUCUCGCUGGUAUCAUCGGUGACUCUGGAUCGACACGUUCCAUCUUAAUGGCUCAAAUAUUGGGACUCUAUAGAUAUCCACAGGUAGGAGAAUAACACUAGCAAUUAUAAGGAUGAUAAAACGAGUAAAGAACCUUUGAAUCAGAACUGGAUUAAAAUUAUUCUUUAAAAAGGUACCAGUUAAGAUUUGGUACUGAUUAGGUUAAUUUAUGAACAAACCAAAUGUCGGGAAUUGAUUUGUUCUACGAUUAGCAGGAUUUUUUUGUUGGGGGGGACGAAUAGCAUAAAUUGAAUAAAUAAAUAGCUAAAAAUACAUUUUUGCACAUAUCUAAGUUUCUAUUUAUUUAUUUUUGUACAUACCAAUGUAGGCAGAUUAUAUCUCAAUUUAAAAUGGAAAGCAAAGUGUAUAUUUUAUGACUAAUGUUUGUAUCUUACAGGUCAGUUUUUUUUCUACUAGCCCCAUCCUGAGUAAUAGGAAUCAGUUCCCAUCCUUCUUCCGGACAAUACCUAGUGAUGAGUUUCAGUCUCGAGGACUAGCUCAGCUUGUUACACACUUUGGUUGGUCAUGGAUUGGACUCUUGGCCACUGAUAAUGAUUAUGGUCAGUUUGGUAUCCAGGUGAUUAAACAGGAGUUGCUCAUUUCUGGAGCAUGUGUUGCCUUUGUUGAGAACAUAUUGAGCGAACAUCCAAACAAAAAUGCCCCACAGAUUGUCAAGACCAUCAGAGAGUCAACAGCUAGAGUGAUUGUUGUGGUUUCAGCUGCUUUUCACUUCAUGUCAGUGCUGGAAGAGUUACUAAAGCAAAAUGUGUCUGGCAAACUGUGGGUAGCCAGUGAAUCCUGGUCAACAUCUGCUGUUCUGUCCAAUAAAAGAUUUCAACAAAUCUUGGUAGGCACUAUUGGUUUUGCCAUGCACAGUGGGAAGAUUCUGGGAUUCAGCGAGUAUCUCACCAGCUUUCAUCCUUCAAAAUAUCCAGAUGGUGACUUUGCCAAGUUUAUUUGGGAAGAAAUAUUUUUGUGUAAGAGGUUUGUGAACAUUAAUAAUGGAACAACCCAAUGUACAGGUGGAGAAACACUGGAGAGCUCUUUAACUAUAGCAGAUUUUAGGCUACCAUUUAAUGUCUAUACCUGUGUUUACACCUUUGCAUGGGCCUUGAAAAGUCUCCUUCAAUGCAAACCUGGAGCUGGACCAUUCCAUCAUGGAGAAUGUGCUAAAAUCUCAUCUUUCCGACCUUGGCAAGUAAGAUAAUUAACCAAGAACCAUUUCUAAAUAAUCGGCCCUUAAGUUUGACAACAUUUUUACACAAUUUUUUUUCUUUUACUUUCCCAGUUGCUCCAUUAUGUAAAAAAUAUAAACUUUCAGGCUGAUGAUAAAACACAAAUUUUCUUCAAUGAUAAAGGGGACCCACCAGCAAUAUACGAUAUUGUAAACUGGCAACUGGGGGCUACAGGAAAUUUGGAACAGAUUAUAGUUGGAAUUUAUAAUUCAAGCGCCCCAAGUGGAACAACUUUGAUAUUAGACAGUACUUCAAUAAAAUGGAACACAGGGGAUUUACAGGUAGUGUAUGGUUACAGAUAGGUAGACAUAGAAACAUAGAAACAUAGAAACAUAGAAUGUGACGGCAGAUAAGAACCAUUCGGUCCAUCUAGUCUGCCCAAUUUUCUAAAUACUUUCAUUAGUCCCUAGUCUUAUCUAAUAGUUAGGAUAGCCUUAUGCCUAUCCCACGCAUGCUUAAACUCCUUUACUGUGUUAACCUCUACCACUUCAGCUGGAAGGCUAUUCCAUGCAUCCACUACCCUCUCAGUAAAGUAAUACUUCCUGAUAUUAUUUUUAAACCUUUGUCCCUCUAAUUUAAGACUAUGUCCUCUUGUUGUGGUAGUUUUUCUUCUUUUAAAUAUAGUCUCCUCCUUUACUGUGUUGAUUCCCUUUAUAUAUUUAAAUGUUUCUAUCAUAUCCCCCCUGUCUCGUCUUUCCUCCAAGCUAUACAUGUUAAGAUCCUUUAACCUUUCCUGGUAAGUUUUAUCCCGCAAUCCAUGAACCAGUUUAGUAGCCCUUCUCUGAACCCUCUCUAAGGUAUCAAUAUCCUUCUGAAGAUACGGUCUCCAGUACUGUGUACAAUACUCCAAGUGAGGUCUCACCAGUGUUCUGUACAAUGGCAUGAGCACUUCCCUCUUUCUACUGCUAAUACCUCUCCCUAUACUACCAAGCAUUCUGCUAGCAUUUCCUGCUGCUCUAUUACAUUGUCUGCCUACCUUUAAGUCAUCAGAAAUAAUCACCCCUAAAUCCCUUUCCUCAUAUGUUGAGGUUAGGACUCUAUCAAAUAUUCUGUACUCUGCCCUUGGGUUUUUACGUCCAAGAUGUAUUAUCUUGCACUUAUCCACAUUAAAUGUCAGUUGCCACAAUUCUGACCAUUUUUCUAGUUUACCUAAAUCAUUUGCCAUUUGGCUUAUCCCUCCUGGAACAUCAACCCUGUUACAUAUCUUAGUAUCAUCAGCAAAAAGACAUACCUUACCAUCAAGACCUUCUGCAAUAUCACUAAUAAAAAUAUUAAAGAGAAUGGGUCCAAGUACAGAUCCCUGAGGUACCCCACUGGUGACAAGUCCAAGCUUCGAAUAUAUUCCAUUAACUACAACCCUCUGUUGCCUGUCACUCAGCCACUGCCUUACCCAUUCAACAAUAUUUGAAUCCAAACUUAAAGAUUGAAGUUUAUUGAUAAGCCUUCUAUGUGCAACAGUGUCAAAUAUAUGACACCAUAAGUACCAGUACAAGUAACAAUAUAGAAUAAACAAGAACAAAGCAAGGUUUUGAUACACACAUUAUGUAAGGAUAGUCAUAAAUACACCAAGACGAUGGCACACAAUAUAUGGAUACAGGUAGCAAAAAAAAACCCAGAAUAUUGUAUAGUCCAUGGAAUUUAAGAGGAAAAAAAAAGAAAAGAAUUAUGGAAUUAAAAAAAUUAAAUAAAUAAAAAUAUCGAUGUGUGUUGUUUCCAGUAAUAUUAAAGUAUUUGAAAAGUGUAGUCAAAAAUACUAAAUGUAGGUCAUAAUUAUAUUUAUCUUAGGUUCCAUACUCCAAGUGCAGUCCAAGUUGUCCCUCUGGGUUUCAAAAGGUGACAAUACCAGGAAAACCCUCCUGCUGUUAUGAGUGUGCUCACUGUCCUCAAGGGAAAAUAUCUAAUCAGACAGGUACUGUAACUAGUUUAUAAUGUGUUAUAACAAAUCCAUAUGUCUUACAAAAAAUGUUUACAUUCAUGCUUCCUUUCAGAUGCCGUUGAGUGUCAACAAUGUUCCUGGGACAUGUGGCCAAAUCAAGAACAGGGCAGAUGUCUACCCCGUGCUCCUGAAUUUCUGUCCUACAAAGACCCAAUGGGUGUAAGCUUGGCAGCCAUUGCUCUUUUCUCUUCUACCAUCCCUGUCUACAUUUUGAUGGUCUUUUUCUGCCACAGAACUACUCCAAUAGUUAGAGCCAAUAACUGGUCUCUCAGUUGCCUUCUUUUACUGUGUCUCUCUUUUUGCUUUCUUUGCGCCCUAGCUUUCAUCGGCUAUCCACAGCCAGUGAUGUGCCUGCUGCGCCAGGUGGCAUUUGGCAUGGUUUUUGCACUGUGCAUUUCCUGUGUCCUGGCAAAGACCAUUACUGUUGCAAUAGCCUUCAAAGCAACCAAGCCAGGUUCAAUGUUACAAAAAUGGUCAGGGAUCAAGGUCUCGUAUUCUGCUAUGGGGAUUUGUGUCCUUAUCCAGCUAUGUAUCUGUGUACUCUGGUUAUCUCAUUCCCCUCCUUUUCCAGAAUAUGACACUCAGACACUAUCUAGAGUCAUCAUUGUUACCUGUAAUGAAGGUUUAUCAGGUGUUUUUUUCUGGAUCAUGCUUGGAUAUCUUGGCCUUCUGGCUGCUAUCAGUUUUAUUUUUGCCUUCUUGGUGAGACACCUUCCAGACAGUUUCAAUGAAGCCAAGUUCAUCACAUUUAGCAUGCUGGCCUUCCUCAGCGUCUGGGUGUCCUUCGUUCCAGCUUAUCUUAGCGCUCAUGGAAAGAACACAGUUGCCAUGGAGGUCUUUGCCAUUCUUUGUUCCAGCUGGGCUGUGGUUAUCUGUAUUUUUGUGCCAAAAUGUUUCAUUAUAUUGUUCCGACCCAACAUGAACUCCAGAGAGCAUCUCAUGAAAAGAGACAAAGAGCAGAAGUAA